GGGAAAGUAUAUGUGUAUGACAAGGUGGUGAAACCCAAUGCAACUCAAGAGCAAGUCUACAAUGUAGCAGCUCGGACCAUCGUUAAAGAUGUUCUUAUGGGUUACAAUGGGACCAUUUUUGCAUACGGACAAACAUCUAGUGGAAAAACACACACGAUGGAGGGUGUCCUUGGAGACCUCAGCAUGCAAGGCAUCAUCCCCCGAAUUGUCAAUGACAUCUUCAAUCACAUAUACUCCAUGGAAGAGCAUUUGGAAUUCCACAUCAAGGUUUCAUACUUUGAGAUCUACAUG